UCUGUGCUCGCUAAACAGGGGAAGAUGCCGACCGCUCACACACACACACACACACACACAAUCACAUUCACAUUCACACAUACUCCGAAACUUACACGCUCAGACGUCUCAGAACAGAUGACACACACACGCACACACUCACCACUAUUUACUCUCUGUCCUGGAAUAACAGCAUGCAGAGCCAAGGAGAGCAACAUUCACCUUCCAGAAUAUCUGAGAUAACAGCUCUCUGAGAGACAGAGAGAGAGAGAGAGAGACAGCGGGACAGACGGAGGGAUAGACUGAGCGGCUCCUGUCCAGUGGGAGUGUUUUUCCCCGGUGAGUGUGAUCCUUAAUGGUUUUGAAGUGAGCGAAGUGCUCAUGAGGAGUGAAGUUUUCAGUGUGCACAGCAUUAUGGAGUGACCAGGAGUGACCAGGAGUGAUGGUCAGUCGGAGUGACCUGCAGUUAUACAGCGUUACAGUGAGAUCCGAGUGGUGAUUAUGUGGUGACGAAUCUAGCGGUGGUGGUACUGAAGUGACUCAGAACCGGUCAGAGUGAUUCAGAGUGACAGCUGAGUGACAGUCAGGUCCACACAGUUACCAUCAGAGCCACAGAGGAACCGCGGCCGCGUGACGUGACGUGACGUGACUUUCCAUUGGAGAGAUGCACAUAGAGAAGGUUCUAGAGGUGUUGUGAUUGAGGUUCCUCUCAGAGAGAUUCAGAGAGACUGAAAGUGAUGGAGUAACAUUUGGAGUUUGUGGAGUGAUUACCAGAGCUGUGAAUUGGGGAGAGACGUGAGGAGAGAUACGUGGGGAGAGACGUGAGGAGAGAUACUUGGGGAGAGACGGACAUCUCCAGGACAUUGAGUCUCAUCACUAUGCAGCUGGUGCUCUCCUCCUGCAGUGACUUAUGAUGCACAGAUGGAUGGUGGCGUGGAAACGGCCAGACCUGCUGUGUGGACUUUACCUGAGAGUGCUGCUGUGGCUAGGCGGAGUGGGAGUGGCCUGUGGAGGGGGUGUGGCCUCGACCGAACCCUCAACUAUGUGUGACUGCAUCAAGCAAGAACGCUAUGCUCGGAACUAUGACUACAUGGAGGGAGGAGACGUGCGGAUUCGCCGACUGUACAGCCGCACGCAGUGGUUCCUCACCAUCGACGAGAAUGGCAAUGUCAACGGCACACAGGACCCCAACAACUGCUAUAGUAUCCUGGAGAUCCGCACGGUCUCAGAGGGGGGCGUCCUGGCAAUUAAAGGGGUGAAGAGUCAGUAUUACGUUUCCAUGAGCAGAUCUGGAAUACUGCAAGGCAAGAAGGAGUACAGCGAUAGCUGCAGAUUUAAGGAGGUGUUCCUGGAGAACUUCUACACAGCCUACAUGUCAGAGAAGUGGAGUAAAAAUGGGAAGGAGAUCUUCAUCUCCAUCUCACAGAAGGGCCGGCCACUGAGGGGCAAAAAGACUCGCAAAGAGAGCAUCGCCUCACACUUCAUCCCCCGCACCUGCAAGGAGGAUGACAGGACAAUGGCCUGAACACACACACACACACACACACACACACACACACACACACACUGAAAGAAUAUCCAUUUAAAAUCCACAUCAUUGAUGUGUGUGUGCUGUUCCAUCCAGUCAGAAAUGGAAAAUGUUCUUCCUUUUAAACACAGACUCUAAACACCAUAAGACUUUCAAUAAACAAGAGGAAGUGUGUGUGUGUGUGUGUGUGUGUAUGAGGAUGUGUGUGUAUGAGUGUGUGUACAAGGGAUUGUGUGUGUGUGUGUAUGACGGUGUGUGUAUGAGGGUGUGUGUGUAUGUGUAUGAUUGUGUGUGUGUAUGUGUGUGUUUGUGUAUGAUUGUGUGUGUGUACGUGUGUUUGUGUAUGAGUGUGUUUGUGUGAAUGUGUGUGUUUGUGUAUGAGUGUGUGUGUGUGUUUGUGUAUGAGUGUGUGUGUGUGUAUGUGUGUGUUUGUGUAUGAGUGUGUGUGUGUGUAUGUGUGUGUUUGUGUAUGAGUGUGUGUGUGUGUAUGUGUGUGUUUGUGUAUGAGGGUGUGUGUGUGUAUGUGUGUGUUUGUGUAUGAUUGUGAACAGACUUCAGAUUCUACUGUAUUCUGAUAAAUUGUAAAGUUUUAAUGUAAGUUAUCAUUUAUAAUGAAUAAUACUGACUUCAGACCUUCAGUGUGUGUCCUUCUGCUCCCGAGCUCCUGCCCCUGAGCUCCUCCCCCCGAGCUCCUUCUCCUGUGUUCCUUCUCCCGAGCUCCUGCCCCUAAGCUCCUGCCCCCAAUCUCCUGCCCCCAAGCUCCAGCUCCCAAGCUCCUGCCCCUGAGCUCCUUCUCCCGAGCUCCUUCUCCCGAGCUCCUGCCCCCAAUCUCCUGCCCCCAAUCUCCUGCCCCUAAGCUCCAGCUCCCAAGCUCCUGCCCCUGAGCUCCUUCUCCCGAGCUCCUGCCCCUGAGCUCCUGCCCCCAAUCUCCUGCCCCCAAGCUCCAGCUCCCGAGCUCCUGCCCCUGAGCUCCUUCUCCCGAGCUCCUUCUCCCGAGCUCCUGCCCCUGAGCUCCUUCUCCCGAGCUCCUUCUCCCGAGCUCCUGCCCCUGAGCUCCUUCUCCCGAGCUCCUUCUCCCGAGCUCCUUCUCACGAGCUCCUUCUCCUGAGCUCCUGCCCCCGAGCUCCUGCCCCCGAGCUCCUUCUCCCGAGCUCCUGCCCCCGAGCUCCUGCACCCAAGCUCCUUCUCCCGAGCUCCAGCUCCCGAGCUCCUGUCCUCAAGCUCCUUCUCCUGAGCUCCUGCCCCUGAGCUCCUUCUCCCGAGCUCCUGCCCCUGAGCUCCUUCUCCCGAGCUCCUUCUCCCGAGCUCCUGCCCCUGAGCUCCUGCCCCCAAGCUCCUUCUCCCGAGCUCCAGCUCCCGAGCUCCUUCUCUUGAGCUCCUGCCCCCAAGCUCCUUCUCCCGAGCUCCAGCUCCCGAGCUCCAGCUCCCGAGCUCCUUCUCUUGAGCUCCUGCACCCUAGCUCCUUCUCCUGAGCUCCUUCUCCCGAGCUCCUUCUCCUGAGCUCUUCUCAUUAGAAGACUUUAUUAAACACUGGGGUUUGGGACACAGCCGAGCGCCAGUUAUAUAACACUGUUACAUAAAGCCGCAGUCGUAAAUAUUAUGACCAUUGGAUCAGGAGAGUAAACAGUGGAGUCUCACCGCGGCGCAGGUCGUGUUCAGUGGGAUGGUGUGCUGCUUCGUUCAUGUGUGUGUAAUAAAGCUAACAGACCACAUACACACACACACACGCACACUACAUGAACACGUCUGUCUUUACAACUCUGUGGCUUUGUCUGUGUUUCAUGAAGCUUCUUUAAUUAGUCACAUUCUGUUCCUGUUUUAUUAAAAGCACGCAAUGCUGAAGAUGCUAACAGUCUUGACUUUACUGUGGUGUGUUUAUUUCCAUCAGCAGUGUGUGUGUGGAGUGGCUCCGCCUACUUUAAAUCUCCUGUGUUUGUGUAGAGAUUGUUAUUUAUGGUGUUUUUAUAUUCUGAAUAAAUAACCUGAGAGAUGAUAAACAGAGGGAUGGUCAGAGAAGACGUGUGGAAUAAACUAACUGAUGUACAUGUGGGUGAAGAGACACAUGGAUGGACUGAUGGACAGAUGUAUUAAUAUGGAGAUAUAUCUCCUGAAUGCUAAUCUUCACAUUUCACCACCGGAACACGCUGCUACAACUUUUCACGCAAAAACAUCUUUAUUCCCCUCAAUAAAAACAGCAGCCAAGCCAAUAAGCAGAUGGAUCUGGAAUGACUGACAGCUGUGUAGGUGUUUUAAACUCUCUGAUGUUAACUGCCACACCCACUGGAAACCCAACCCCUUUCUCACCUUCUCACAUUAGUACUGUCUGGGUUUUUUUGAUUAAAGAUGAGCUGACGAGGUGUCCUCGCUCUCUGUCGC